GAGGAGAUGAAAAACUGACCUCCCAGACCGACGCACAGAGUCUCUCUACGCCAUCUCCCCCAUCUCCCCCAUCUCGUCUCCCCCAACCGGUACCAACGCAACCCCUCCGAUCCAUCCCUUCCCCCACAAUGGCAACCCAUCCAACGCCCCGCAAACUUUGGGACCACCCCAACCCCAAUGCCACAGCGAUGGCGCGAUUCAAACGGCGCCUCGAAGCUACCAAGGACGUGACCCUACCGGACUUCUACUCGCUCUACCAAUGGUCUACGACCCACCGUGCCGCCUUCUGGGACUUCUGCUGGAAGUACUUCCCCAUCAUCCACGACGGAACCUACACGCAUGUCGUCGACGAGUCCGCGCGCAUCGACAGCAACCCGGACUGGUUCCCGGGGAUCAGGCUCAACUUUGCGGAGAAUGUUCUCUUCUCGCGGGGAGAUUCGGAUGCCGCUGCGUUGACGACGGUAGGGAAAGAAGAUGGGAAGAUUGCGGUGACGGAGGUCCGCGAGGGCGCGAUAGAGCCCCCGGUGGACCUGACUUGGAAAGAGCUCCGACAGAGGACGGGGAGACUGGUGCAGGCGUUGAAAGCGGCCGGGUUGCAGCGAGGGGAUCGUGUUGCGGCGGUUGCGGGGAAUGGGAUCGAUACGCUGGUUGUGUUUCUGGCUACGACGGCCCUGGGGGGGAUUUUCACGUCCACGUCGACUGAUACCGGCAUCACGGGGAUUCUGGAUCGAUUGAGGCAGACCAAGCCUGUCUGGGUCUUUAUGGAUGAUGUGACCGUGUAUAAUGGGAAGACGGUGGACUUGACGCCGAAGUUUGUUAAUGUUGUUGAGGGACUGUCGCAGUUUCAGGAGUUCAAGGGCGUUGUCGCUCUGCCUCGGUUCAGGGACCGUCCGGCGGAUGUGACCCAUCUUCCACGGACGCAGACUCUUGCGAAGUUUCUGGCAACGGCGACGUCGGAUCGACUGGAGUUUGUGAGGCUGGGGUUUCGGGAUCCGUUCCUGAUUGUGUAUUCUUCUGGGACGACGGGGGAACCCAAGUGCAUUGUGCAUUCGGUGGGCGGGGUGGUGCUGAAUAUGUAUAAGGAAGGUCGACUCCAUCGAGAUAUGGAUUCGGAGGCGGUGCUCCUGCAGUAUACGACGACAGGAUGGAUCAUGUACCUAUCCUGCAUCUCCGUGCUGCUUAUUGGCGCGAAGUCGAUUCUCUACGAUGGGAGUCCGUUCCUUCCGGACAUUGCUAUUCUCGUUAGACUUCUCGAGAAGCAUGGAGUAACCCACUUCGGCACCUCGCCCCGCUGGAUGCAAGAAAUCCGCAAAAGCCAGAUCAGCCCCCGACAGAUCGCCGACCUGCACCGUCUCAAAGCCGUAGUCAGCACGGGCAUGGUCCUCUCCGAAUCUCUCUACGAAUGGUUCUACGACGAGGCCUUUCCCCCACGCACGCAGCUGGCCAAUAUCUCCGGUGGCACUGAUCUGGCCGCGUGCUUUGCGCUGGAUAAUCCCCUUUCCUCGUUGUAUGUGGGCGGAUGUCAGGGACCGAGUCUGGGUAUUCCCAUUGCUGCCUUCGAGCAGGCAGACGAGUCGGUCACCCAGGUGAAGGGGAUCGAAACGAAAGACGGCGAGCCCGGGGAGUUGGUUGCUACCGCGGCGUUUCCGAGCAUGCCUGUGAGGUUUUGGGGUGACGAGGGUGGGAAGAAGUAUUUUGGGUCUUAUUUUGCGAGGUUUGAUAACGUCUGGACCCACGGCGACUUCAUCUCCAAACACCCCACAACCCAUCAAAUCUUCUUCCUGGGCCGCUCCGACGGCGUCCUCAACCCGUCCGGGGUACGUUUCGGCUCCGCGGAAAUCUACAACGUCAUCGACACGCAGUUCUCCUCGGAGGUGGUCGACUCCGUCUGCGUCGGCCAGCGUCGUCCAACCGACACCGACGAAUCCGUCAUGCUGUUCCUGCUCAUCCGGGACGGGGCGACGUUCUCCCCGGACUUGGUGCAGCGGGUCAGAACGGCAAUCAGGAAGGCGUUGAGCGCUAGACAUGUGCCUAGGUUUGUGUUUGAGACGCCGGCGAUUCCGGUCACGGUAAACGGGAAGAAAGUCGAGUUACCCGUGAAACAGAUCGUUUCUGGGAAGAGGAUCAAGCCCUCUGGGACUUUGUUGAAUCCCGAGAGCUUGGAGUUUUAUUAUCAAUUUGCGGAGGUGGAGAAUUUGGGGGGGGUAGAGGCGAAGCUGUAGUCUUUUUUUAUCUUGUGGGAUGAAAGGACGGAGUGAUGGAUUCCCUGACAUAAGACAUAUAUAUACUUAAGUUAAGAGAGAACAAACAAAC